UGACAAGGUGGCGGCGCGCUCGGAGGCGCCGCAUUCUAGGCGCAGCCAUCGCUCCCGGAACGUACGGUGGCCGAGACCUUACGGACUCGAUGGUUAAGAUGGCGGCGCCUGGGCGACAGCGGCGGAUCUAGGUGGGCGACCCUAUUUGUUCCCUGCUCAGCGGUCGUCCCGGGCGUGAGGAACCAGAGUGCGGUGCCGCGGAGGCGGGCCCGGGAGCGGAAGUGGUUGUGGGCGCCUCUGCCACCGCCGCGGACGCUGCCCGGGGGCUCACUCGGAUCCGCGGGUCCCUGCCCGGGGUCCGGAGCGGGUACGCCGUGAGCGCAGAGAUGGAAGGAGAUGGUUCCGACCUGGAGCCCCCAGAUGCUGGGGAGGACAGCAAGUCUGAGAAUGGGGAGAACGCUCCCAUCUACUGCAUCUGCCGCAAACCGGACAUCAACUGCUUCAUGAUUGGCUGUGAUAACUGCAAUGAGUGGUUCCAUGGGGACUGCAUCCGGAUCACUGAGAAGAUGGCCAAGGCCAUCCGCGAAUGGUACUGUCGGGAGUGCCGAGAGAAGGAUCCGAAGUUGGAGAUUCGUUAUCGGCACAAAAAGUCCCGGGAGCGAGAUGGCAGUGAGCGGGACGGCAGUGAGCCCCGGGAUGAGGGAGGAGGGCGCAAGAGGCCUGCUUCAGAUCCAGACCUGCAGCGCCGGGCAGGGUCAGGGACAGGGGUUGGGACCAUGCUUGCUCGGGGCUCUGCUUCGCCCCACAAAUCUUCUCCACAGCCCUUGGUGGCCACACCUAGCCAGCAUCACCAGCAGCAGCAGCAGAUCAAACGGUCAGCCCGAAUGUGUGGUGAGUGUGAGGCGUGCCGGCGCACCGAGGACUGUGGCCACUGCGACUUCUGCCGUGACAUGAAGAAGUUUGGGGGCCCCAACAAGAUCCGGCAGAAAUGCCGGCUUCGUCAGUGUCAGCUGCGGGCACGGGAAUCGUACAAGUACUUCCCUUCCUCGCUCUCGCCGGUGACGCCCUCAGAGGCCCUGCCAAGGCCCCGCCGGCCACCACCCACUCAACAGCAGCCGCAGCCAUCGCAGAAGCUGGGGCGCAUCCGUGAAGAUGAGGGGACAGUGUUGUCAUCGGUGGUUAAGGAGCUACCAGAGGCUACAGCCACACCGGAGCCCCUUUCAGAUGAGGACCUGGCACUGGACCCUGAUCUCUACCAGGACUUCUGCGCGGGGGCCUUUGAUGACCACGGCCUACCCUGGAUGAGUGACACAGAAGAGUCCCCCUUCAUGGACCCUGCCCUGAGGAAACGGGCAGUCAAAGUGAAGCACGUGAAACGUCGCGAGAAGAAGUCUGAAAAGAAGAAGGAGGAGAGAUAUAAACGGCAUCGACAGAAGCAGAAGCAUAAAGACAAAUGGAAACACCCAGAAAGGGCUGAUGCCAAGGACCCUGCAUCACUACCGCAGUGCCUGGGGCCUGGCUGUGUGCGUGCUGCCCAGCCUGGUUCCAAGUAUUGUUCAGAUGACUGUGGCAUGAAGCUGGCAGCCAACCGCAUCUAUGAGAUCCUCCCCCAGCGCAUCCAGCAGUGGCAGCAAAGCCCCUGCAUUGCCGAAGAGCAUGGCAAGAAGCUCCUUGAACGCAUCCGCCGUGAGCAGCAGAGUGCCCGCACCCGUCUCCAAGAGAUGGAGCGCAGGUUCCACGAGCUUGAGGCCAUCAUUCUUCGAGCUAAGCAACAGGCUGUGCGUGAGGACGAGGAGAACAACGAGAAUGACAGCGACGACACAGACCUGCAGAUCUUCUGCGUCUCCUGUGGGCAUCCCAUCAACCCACGUGUUGCCUUGCGCCACAUGGAGCGUUGCUAUGCCAAGUAUGAAAGCCAGACAUCCUUUGGGUCCAUGUACCCCACACGCAUUGAAGGGGCUACCCGACUCUUCUGUGAUGUCUACAAUCCCCAGAGCAAAACGUACUGUAAGCGGCUCCAGGUGCUAUGUCCUGAGCACUCACGGGACCCCAAAGUGCCAGCUGAUGAGGUCUGUGGGUGUCCACUUGUACGUGAUGUCUUUGAGCUCACGGGCGACUUCUGCCGCCUGCCCAAGCGCCAAUGCAAUCGCCAUUAUUGCUGGGAGAAGCUUCGGCGUGCAGAAGUGGACUUGGAACGUGUUCGGGUGUGGUACAAGCUGGACGAGCUGUUUGAGCAGGAACGGAAUGUUCGCACAGCCAUGACCAACCGAGCAGGAUUACUUGCCCUGAUGCUGCACCAAACAAUCCAACAUGACCCACUCACUACUGACCUUCGAUCUAGUGCUGACCGCUGAGUUUCACCAGCCCAGAGCCCGUCAACCCUGCCUUCCAGUUAGGGGAGUGGCCCUGCAUCGCCAGCUUUCUGUUCCUCCAUUCAUCUGUUAUUCAUCUGUUUUGUCCUGUGCCCAUCUCUUUCCAGCUUGCAUUUGUUCUUAUUAAAGGGCCUCUGAUGUCCCUUGUCUGUCCCUCUCCAUAUUCAGUGCUGGGGUGAGACUGUAGUUUACUCACCUUUGCCUAUUCCCAUCCCCUAAACAAACCGGUUUUGUUAAUAAAAUCUUGAACAACCAACAGGGAUAUCUCUUGAUAGUCUCUAUUCUUCUAUUUUCAGUUGUGGUCCCGACCCCUGGACGAGAUAGAGGUGGCAUAACUGUACUCAGGAGGGACCUGGAAAUGUGCGGGCUGGGAUAUUCAGUGGACUCAUCGUGUGCUCCCUUAGACUGUACUCAGGCCUGUAUCAUGGUAUAGUGGUAUCCUUUCAGCUUUAAAUGUGAGCGUGUGUGUGUGAGACAGAUAGACCCGGACCGCCUUUGGGCCAGGACAUACUGUCUUUAGACCAGAGGUCAUGCACUCAGGUUGCCUUCUCCCAAAGACUAGGGGGAUGUGUCUUCACCAAGAGCCCUACCCAAAAGAGACACAGAAUAUGCCAUUCAACAAGAGUCCUUUAUUUGUAGGCAUUUGUAACAUGCUCAUACCAAAAAGACUUUUCAACCCCAGAGAGAAAUGGGAUCCGGUUUACAAAGCCUGAACUACAGUUACAAUAUACCAGGGACAGGCCAUGGCAGAAGUUUCAACAGUUUCUGCUAAAAGAUUCAAAUGCUUUAGUUGAUUAAAACAAUGGACUCCCUAAAAGUACAGGCAUGGCUAAAUUAGAAUGUUCUAAGCCGGAUAUGGUUAGCUGGAGAAGGGAGUCAACUAAAGUAAAAUGUUCUCUAAGUUAGCUGUGGGGACAAUUGGUUUUGGUGGCAUCCAUUGGUUAAUGGAGGAGCUUUGCUCCUCAUUAUAUUCUAUAACAUACAAUCAGAGGCUCCAGGUGGACCCAUCUCCCCUGAAAUAGUUAAGGAGCUGUUGUACCCAAAGGAAGAAAACUAUGCUGGAUAGUUUUAUCGUUGCAACCAAAGUCCAGUUCCCCAAAAUAUCACCACAAGAUUGAAUCUGAUUCAAAAGUUUAGAGCCUUUAUUAACUCGGGUCAACAGCAGCAGCAGAGCAGGAGAAACCCAAGUGCUGCAUGGAGGGGGGUUUUGGCAUUGGCUGCCCCCAUGGGUUGAGGGGACUGCCUACUUCUGAUUGGUUCCUCCUAUAAGGUGGAGGAGCCCUUGAUAACAAGGUCAGAGAGAGGUCAUGCCUCUAGACUAGAUGGUACUAUUUUGCUACUCAGGGAUUGGUUGGUUUCGUGUCAAGGACAGAGGUGGCUCUGAUUUCAGGGCCAAAGUGUGUUUCUUUCUCUGAUCAUUUUUAUCUUUUAGGCUCUAAUUUUAGAGCCAGGACGAAUUUAACAGGUUCUGAUUCUAGAGGCAAAGAGUAUUCCUUUGGCUCUGGCCUCAGGGUCAGGGUGUUUUUCUAUGGUUCUGGGUUCAGGGAUAAAGUAUUUCUUUUGCUGGCUCAGGUCCCAGAUCCAGGGUGUGUUUCUUUCACUGGCUCUGGGUUCAGAGUCAGGGCAUUCAGAAAUUAUGCUAUGGCUAAAUGGCUACAGAUCUACUGGGGCCUGGGCCUCUCAUUAUGUCAACUUGACAUGGACUAGAGUUAUUUGAGAGGAGAGAGGUUGAGUUGAGAAAAUUUUCCAUAAGAUAGGACUGUAGGCAAGUGUGUAGGGAAUUUUCUUAAUUGUUGAUUGAUGGGGAAGUGUCCAGCCCAUUGUGGAUGAG